CGGCGGCAGCAGGACACACGGGACCAGCACAGACCCCCAGACCAGGACUAACGAGGCCCACCGCGGUCCACCACGGCACCGAGGAGAUGGGGGACAAAGCGGGGACCAGAGUCUUUAAGAAGUCCAGCCCCAACUGCAAGCUCACAGUGUACUUGGGGAAGAGAGACUUUGUUGAUCACUUAGACCACAUAGAUCCAGUUGACGGAGUGCUCCUCGUAGACCAAGAGUAUCUGAAGGAUCGAAAAGUGUUUGUGACGCUGACGUGUGCGUUCCGCUACGGCCGGGAGGACCUGGACGUGCUGGGCCUUUCCUUCCGGAAAGACCUGUACGUCAGCACCUUCCAGGCCUUCCCUCCUCUGCAGGAGACGAAGACGACACCUCCGAGCCGGCUGCAGGAGCGGCUGCUGAAGAAGCUGGGUCAGCACGCCUACCCCUUCCACUUCACGAUCCCCCAGAACCUGCCGUGCUCCGUGACCCUCCAGCCGGGCAGCGAGGACACGGGGAAGGCGUGUGGCGUGGACUAUGAGCUGCGAGCGUUCUGUGCCAAGACCGUGGAGGAGAAGAUUCACCAGAGGAACUCCGUGCAACUGGUGAUCCGGAAGGUCCAGUACGCUCCGGAGAAGCCGGGUCCACAGCCGAUGAUGGAGACCAGUCGCAGCUUCCUGAUGUCCGACAGAUCUCUGCACCUCGAGGUGUCGCUGGAUAAGGAGCUGUACUACCACGGCGAGCCCAUCAGCGUCAACGUCCACGUCACCAACAACUCCACCAAGAGUGUGAAGAGGGUGAAGAUCUCCGUUCGUCAGUAUGCCGACAUCUGUCUGUUCUCCACGGCCCAGUACAAGUGUCCAGUGGCCCAGGUGGAAGCAGACGACCAGGUGUCUCCGAGCUCCACCUCCUGCCAGGUCUACACUCUGACCCCCAUGCUGGGUACCAACAGGGAGAAGAGAGGCCUAGCCCUGGAUGGAAAGCUAAAGCACGAAGACACCAACCUGGCCUCCAGCACCAUAGUGAAAGAAGGGACCAACAAGGAGAUGAUGGGCAUCCUGGUUUCCUACAGAGUCAAAGUCAAACUGGUGGUGUCUCGUGGAGGGGAUGUAGCCGUGGAACUUCCCUUUGUCCUGAUGCAUCCCAAACCUUCAGACCAGUCCAGCUCCCAACCUCAGUCAGUCGCUCCGGAGGCCGACGUUCCUGUGGACACAAACCUCAUAGAGUUUGAGAUGAACACUUCUUCUCCGGCUGAUGACUUUGUGUUUGAGGACUUUGCUCGCCUGGGACUAACAGGGAUGAAGGAUGAGGGCGACCCCUUUUGUUAGCAGGGGGAACCCCCAUCGGCGUGGACCACACAGGACGCCUCGACCCUCCAGAACCCAGGAAGAAGAACAUGUGAAGGCGGCGCGCUUAGUUCUGUCACGUUUUAAAUGUACCGUUUAUUCUGUGUAGGCUUCUAGAUGUUUCUCAAACUCGUUGAAUGUUCGUAGGAGACUGUCGGACUUUAACUCUGCGAGGCGGCAGCGUCAUGUUGUUGCUGCUGCUCCUUGAGUUUUUCUGCCGAUAUCAGUUUUAUACACGCUGCUGUGAUUCAGGAAUUAUAAUUCUAACAACUUUAAACAAAGGUGUAAAAGUGGUAUUUUUAUAUUGACGAUAGGUCAGCUGUUGUCUUCAGGGGGUCCUCCGACUUUGACUGCCUCCAAUUGAUUUAUCCUUCGCCUCAUUAUGAUUAAGAAAACAUAAAACAUUUGGAGCAGCGCGAGCAAGAGGGUAUAGGUCAAUAAACAAGAAUGAUUUUAUUUUUAGUUAUUUUUUUGUAUCUUGUGGAAUAUCUACGGGGUGAAUUAACAGUGAUUUAAAAUGAUUUUUAAUAACCAUUGAACCGGGUGAGAUGAACAGUGGUGGAAUGGAAGUACAUAUACUCCAGUACUGUUUCAUAUACUUGUACUUUACUUCAGUAUUUUCAUUUUGUGUUACUUUAAACUUUUUACUCCACUACAUGCAUUUCACACUCACAUUAACUUUUUAGAUAAAAAACAACAUAUUUUUAUAUGAUCUUAUUCAGUAUUCUAGUACAAAGUAUUUCAAAUUGGCUCCACAAACUACAACAUUAAAAAGCUUUAAAAAAGAAUAACAUAUUUUAUGAUUAUUGAAAGGUGCCAUUCUGCAUAAUGAGUGUUUACUUUGUAUAUUUAUCCUAUACGUCUGUAUUUUACUUAAGGCAGUGGUUGUCCCUCAUUACUGGUCCAAUUUCAAAAAGUUGUCUCUUUUAGUCACUUCGAGACAACAUGGAAAAAUACACGCGUAACCUUUUCCAUCCGGGACUUUGAUUUGUAAUGGAGUAUUUGUAGUCUUUGGACUUCUACCUAGUAACGGAUCUACUUCUUCCACCACUGGAGCUCUUCUUUAGCGCACCUGUACACAACAUGCACACAUAUCACCAGCGCGAGCGCGAUAAAGUUAGUUUUGUCUCGUCAGCGCUCUCUGGUGGACAAAGGGUGUAAUAACUUUCUAUAUAAGCUCUUCACUUCUCAACUCGGAUGGCCAAUCUAUAAACCCACAGUGAUAUAUGAGCUAAUAUCUGCCUGAUCAUCUGGGCUGUAAUCAUUCUCUAGAGUGGAGUUAGAACAGAAAAUGUCUAAUUUUUUUGUUUUUUUACAUGAAUAUUUAAAUGUGAGCCGUGUGAUGGAAAGACGCCACGGCUCCUAAUCAAACCUGAGAUGGAUAAAACAAAGCCACAUGUCAUUUGAAGAACAUAUUACUCGAAUAGGAUUUCUAUUAUUUUACUCAAUAAAAUGUAAAAAUAAUCAGUC